GUCUUGGAAGCAACAAUAGAUUCAGUGUGUAUUGAUUUGGCUUGCUGACUCGUUGGUUAUCCACACGGGAUGACACAGCGUCGUCAUGUCCGCUCCUCCAUGGAACGCUUGCUCGUGCUCCGGACGUAACGUUUCCGGAAGUCGGCCCAAAUAAUCUCGAACCAAAGCCCACAUAAGAAAGAGCCAAGCCUAAGAAUCUGAAUCGCCUUCCCUCCUCCCUCUCCCUCCCCCGCGUCGGAUCUUCGAAAAAUCAAACAGGGGGAAUAAAGAAAAAAACAAAAAAAAAAAAAAAAUCCUUCUGGAAGGAGAAAACACGGCCUUUUGUUUCUUGUCCGCCAUGAAAAUUGAAAACCUCAAGAAAAUCAAACCAACGAGACGAGAAACCUCAGAAAAUCAAACCCUCCCCCCUCCACUUUUGACCUGCCCUUUUCUCUUCGCCACUUCUAAUAUAAAUUCCCCCCCGAGAGUCUCAUCUCCUAAAAAUCCGAUCUUUCUGUUUAUCUCCCCCUACGCAACAAAAAUCGUUGUCUGUGUCUGUCCAUGGAGGAGCCUUUCUUCUUCUUCAUCUUCGAGUCUAUGCCGCCUCUCCCUCUCUUUCUGUCCCUCUUCAUCCUCGUCUACCUCACGGCUUACUUCGUCUUAUUCCGGAGCUGGAACCCCGUUGCCAGGCCGGAGGCCUCGAGCUGCGCGAUCUCCAUCCUGCACGGCACCCCCGCCACCGUCCUCGCCGCCCUGGCCCUCCUCUCCGACCCCUCCCCCUCCCCUUCCCUCGCCUCCCCGAACUCCCCCGCCCAGUCCCUCGUCCUCGACUACAGCAUCGCCUACUUCACCACCGAUCUCCUCCACUACCUCGCCUUCUCCCCCACCGACCUCCUCUUCAUCCUCCACCACGCCGCCACACUCUUCGUCUUCCUCACCUGCCGCUUCGGCGCCCGCCACGGCGCCCGCGCCGUCCUCUCCCUCCUCGUCCUUGCCGAGGUCACCAGCGCCUGCCAGAACGCGUGGACCCUCGCCCGCCUCAGGCGCGCGGACUCGGGCGUCGCCCGCAAGGUGCUCGACGUAUUGUCCUGGCCGUUCUACGCUUUCUACUCCGUCGUCAGGGGAGUGGCGGGCCCGCUAUUUGUCGUCGAGAUGGGCCGAUUCUACGCCAGCGGGAAGGCGGAAGGGUUGAUUCCGGCGUGGAUGUGGGUUUCUUGGAUCCUGGUGGUUGUCACCGCCAUUUUCGUCAGUGUCCUGUGGAUUGCUAAUCUCUGGGUUGAGCUUUACAGAGAACGAAAGGGUAAAUUGGAACACAAAGUAGAAUAAUAAUUUAUUGUUGUAUUCAAUUUUUUUCUUUUUUUAAUUUUAGAAAAAGGUUAGAUUAGUUUUUUUUUCCCUAUUUUCUUCUUUUCUUAAUUUAAUAUUUAUAUACAUAAUUAUAUGUCAUCAAUUAAACUGUGAUUUAUAUAAUGGAAAUCCAUCUGUUCGAAGUUA